AAAUAAAAAAAACCGCCUUUUUGCUUCUCUGCGACCAUAAAAGGAGAUCCCCCCAAGCAGCAACAACGCAACGCCUCGCCCUUGUCCUAGAGAGCGUCGACCUCCCCGAGUGUCCGUCACAGACCGCUGGACUCGUUUACUUAUUCGACCGGAGAGAAAGAGAUCAGAAGAAACGAAUGUAAGUGGGAUCUGCUCUUUUCUUGAUGUUUGUCCACCGCCCGCCAUAUGUUUUUUUUUUGAUUGCCCCUCCAUAGCUAUCUCUCAAUUUUGAUAGCGCUCUCUAUGGGAUGCUUCGGCAGUCAACAUCUCUCUCCGGCCUGUCUACUGCAAGCCUAGGUUGGUCCCUAGGAGGCGUUGGGAAGGGGGAACGCAAGUAUAAUCCUCCGCUAUGGCUUCAACUUGCAUGGUCCAAAGUGAGAGGGAGGGAGGGAUGCACAGCGGUAUCCCACAAUGAUUAUUAUAACUAACCGCCUACCUCUCCCGCAUCCCUUGUCAAUCUCCUGGCCUAGAUACUGGGGGAUCAAGAGCAAAAGAAAGAGACCUGAAUGUGAAGAAAGAAUGCCAUUGCUCUCUCCUAAGGCCUUCUUGCGAUGUCUGAGAGUGGCGUUGCUUCACUACCAACUUUGACCACCCUGAACUGAUCUUUAUUCAUCUAUUGAUAUCUGCCUUUCUAUCCUAUUUGCCUUAUACUUUCAUGUUAUGUGCUUUAUAAACGCAGGUUGGAUACCGUUUAGCUAACUAUUUUGUUAUUAUAGAUAACUAAAGUACCCGAAUUUAAGACGCAUAUUUCGCCAUCAUGAGUGUCGUUGGUAUCGACUUUGGUGCCCUCAGCACUAAGAUUGGUGUUGCCCGGAAUAAGGGUAUUGAUAUUGUCACAAAUGAAGUUUCCAACCGAUCUACACCGUCCCUCGUCGGGUUCGGCCCCAAGAGCAGAUACAUCGGUGAACCAGCCAAGACACAGGAGAUCUCCAACCUGAAGAAUACCGUUGGCUCCCUGAAGCUUCUCGUUGGACGACAAUUCUCCGACCCGGAUGUCCAGCUGGAGCAGGAAUUCUGCUCUGCGAAGCUGGUAGAUGUCAAUGGCGAAGCCGGUGCUGAGGUUAGUUAUAUGGGCAAGAAGGAGCAGUUUUCUGCUACCCAGCUUGUUGCCAUGUACCUCACCAAAAUCAAAUCCACCGCUUCUGCCGAGCUGAAGCUGCCCGUUUCUGAUGUAGUCGUCAGUGUUCCACCCUGGUUCACGGAUGCUCAGCGUCGUGCACUUAUUGAUGCAUCCGCGAUUGCCGGUCUCAAUAUGCUCCGCCUUAUCAACGACACCACCGCCAUUGCACUUGGUUACGGUAUCACGAAGUUGGAUCUUCCAGCUGAAGGCGAGACCCCCCGGCGUGUUGCCUUUGUUGAUAUUGGCCAUUGCAACUACUCCUGUGCCAUCGUUGAGUUCAAGAAGGGAGAGCUUAACGUCAAAGGAACUGCCUGGGACCGUCACUUUGGCGGCAGAGCUCUAGACAAGGCCCUUGUCGACCACCUUGCUAAGGAGUUCAAAGAGAAGUUCAAGAUUGACAUCAAGACCAACCCCAAGGCCAUGACUCGAACCUUUGCAGCUGCUGAGAAGCUAAAGAAGAUCCUCUCUGCCAACGCCCAGGCACCCAUCAGCAUUGAGUCCAUUAUGAACGAUGUCGAUGUCCGUGCCAUGGUCAAGCGUGAGGAACUCGAAGAGAUGAUCAAGCCACUUCUUGACCGUAUCACUGUCCCUCUUGAACAGGCUCUCGCCGAGGCUGGCCUUAAGCCAGAGGAGAUUGAUAGCAUUGAGAUGGUCGGUGGAUGUACCCGUGUCCCCUCUAUCAAGGAGGCCAUCAGUAAGUUCUUCGGCAAGCAACUCUCCUUCACCCUAAACCAGGAUGAGGCCGUUGCUCGUGGCUGUGCCUUCAGCUGUGCUAUCUUAUCGCCCGUUUUCCGUGUCCGUGACUUCUCCGUUCACGACGUCAUCAAUUACCCUAUCGAAUUCACCUGGGAACAAUCUCCCGAUAUCCCAGAUGAGGCCACCUCCCUGACCGUCUUCAACAAGGGCAACAUCAUGCCUUCCACUAAAAUCCUUACGUUCUACCGAAAGCAGCCAUUUGACUUGGAAGCCCGCUACUCCAAACCAGACAUGCUCCCUGGCAAGACCAACCCCUGGAUUGGACGCUUCUCCGUCAAGGGUGUCACCGCUGAUGCCAACUCCGAUUUCAUGAUCUGCAAGCUCAAGGCUAGACUGAAUUUGCACGGAAUCCUGAACAUUGAAUCCGGAUACUACGUGGAGGAUGUUGAAGUUGAGGAACCAAUUCCUGAGGAGAAGAAAGAAGGCGAGGUAAGUACAUCCAUUAUGCCGGCGUUGCCCCAUGCCGCUAACUCAUAUCCCUUUUUCCGGUAAUCUUUACGACAAAGAGCGUGUUUUCUAACAUAAGAAAACUGUGGAAACAGACCAUGGAUACAGACGAUGCCAACGGCGAAGCCGAAGCCAAACCGAAGAUGCGCAAGGUUAAGAAGCAGCUCCGCAAGGGAGACCUCCCCGUUGUUGUUGGAUCUACCUCGCUUGAUCCUACUACUCGCGAGAAGUUGGCCGAAAAAGAAAAUGCCAUGUUUAUGGAGGACAAGCUCGUUGCCGAUACCGAAGACAAGAAGAAUGAACUUGAAUCGUUCAUUUAUGAACUCAGAGAUAAGAUUGACGGUGUCUACGCUGAGCACGCAAGCGAGGAGGAGAAAGAGAAGCUCAGGGCCAAACUCACCAGCACCGAGGUAUGUCGGCCCUCUAAACCUAUGGCCUAUAGAAUAUUGGUACUAAUAAAAGUUUCUAAGGAUUGGCUCUAUGAGGAGGGUGAAGACACCACUAAGGCAGUCUACAUGUCCAAGAUGGAUGAUAUCCGCUUCCUUUCUGGUCCAAUUGUGCAACGCUAUCUCGACAAGCUCGAGGCCGAAAGACAAGCAGCUGCCCCCAAGAAGCACGUCGAAAUAAAGGGCGACACCGUGGACAAUACUGAUGCGAACGGCGACUCCAAGAUGGAGGAAGUCGAGUAAACUGCACGCGCACACGUGCACGCAUAUGAGAAAAAAAAAUGUUUAUGAAAUGACUUUUCCUCUUUUCUUUAGCAUUCACGACAUCUUGGAGGCUGGUGUUUGCACUACUUACACGUCCUACCGAUUCCCCAUGCCAUACACCUCUACCAUUCCCAUGUUUCAUAUGUUUACAAUGCAAUGGCCUUUGUUCUCUUCUGCUCUGCUUUCCUUGCUGUUUUGUCUUCCUUUUUUUUUUUUUUUUUUUCUCAUACCAAGGUCGUCUGUCCUCUUGCCCAUUUAUCGCCUGGUUGGCAGGUAUAAUGACCACAAACAGAAGGGUUAAAAGUGUUAAAAAUCGUUUUUAAUUACACGGAUAGAGGAAUACAGAAUGAAUUUACUAGAAUUUCAUCGUACAAGCAGCUUUCGUAGAUGCUUUCCAAUUCCCCUCUUGCUUCUGCUUGGGUCGGUCGGCCUUAUCUCGGCGUUUAGAGACGUG